GUCUUGCGCGCUAGGCCCGGAACGCGAGCGCCGCGGCACCGUUGCCAUGGUAGCGAGCCGCCGGGAGUUAGCUGGUCUAGCCCGCUAACAGGGUCGGUCGGUGUCCGGUUGCCUGACUGGGACUUCGUAGAGCCAGGCCGGCGGGACUACAGUAUGUGCUGAGGCGGCUACGGCGGCGGCUGCGGCUGCCGGAGGAGGUCGACUGUGGGGAGAGGCGCGAGACGCUGGCCCGGGACCCUAAGACGUCUGGUUUGGGGAGCGAGCGGGACCGACGUGUUCUUGGGUCCCAGGACCUGAUUUAUGGGCUACUGCGGUGUUGCGGGAACCUCACAUUUGGAGGCAGCAUGUGUGGGGACCCAACCUGUGAUGGAUAGGUGACACGUAGUGAAGGAACCUUAAGUCUUAUUGUUGAUGGGAGUGCCCAAGACAUCAGGGGGCUUUUCAAAGUUCUGGAGAGGGCUGGAGCCCCACAUCCUGCCGCCGAGCCGGCAGAGUGCCCAAAGACAAGGAGGGUCUGUGGAAGACAUGCCUACUUUUCCCAUGUAUCUAUUUUCAAAGCACGGGUUAGUGUGGAAAUACGUUAUCCAGCUGGAAAAAAUGAAAGUAUGCAUGUUUAACUCUCUUUUAAUUUCUUUGAAGAAGCCGGGCUUGAAAAUGGAGAUGUAUGAAACUCUUGGAAAAGUGGGAGAGGGAAGUUACGGAGCAGUCAUGAAGGGUAAACAUAAGGAUACUGGGCAGAUAGUGGCCAUCAAGAUAUUUUAUGAGAAACCAGAAAAAUCUGUCAACAAAAUUGCAGCGAGAGAAAUAAAGUUUCUAAAGCAAUUUCAUCAUGAAAACCUGGUCAAUCUGAUUGAAGUUUUUAGACAGAAAAAGAAAAUUCAUUUGGUGUUUGAAUUUAUUGACCACACAGUAUUAGAUGAGUUACAACAUUAUUGUCAUGGACUAGAGAGUAAACGACUUAGAAGAUAUCUCUUCCAGAUCCUUCGAGCAAUUGAGUAUCUUCACAAUAAUAAUAUCAUUCAUCGAGAUAUAAAACCUGAAAAUAUUUUAGUUUCCCAGUCAGGUAUUAUUAAGCUCUGUGAUUUUGGUUUUGCACGGACACUAGCAGCUCCUGGGGACAUUUAUACAGACUACGUGGCUACACGCUGGUACAGAGCUCCAGAAUUAGUACUAAAAGAUACCUCUUACGGAAAACCUGUAGAUAUAUGGGCUUUGGGCUGUAUGAUAAUUGAGAUGGCCACUGGAAAUCCCUAUCUUCCUGGCAGCUCUGAUUUGGAUUUACUUCAUAAAAUCAUUUUAAAAGUAGGCAAUUUGACACCUCAUUUGCAGAAUAUCUUUUCCAAGAGUCCCAUUUUUGCUGGGGUGGUUCUUCCUCAAGUUCAGCACCCCAAAAAUGCAAGAAAAAAAUACCCACAGCUAAACGGAUUAUUGGCAGAUAUAGUUCAUGCUUGUUUACAAAUUGAACCUACUGAGAGGAUAUCGUCUACUGAUCUUUUGCACCAUGAGUACUUUACUAGAGAUGGAUUUAUUGAAAAAUUCUUACCAGAACUAAGGGCUAAAUUACUACAAGAAGCAAAGGUCAAUUCAUUUGUAAAGCCAAAAGAGAAUUCUAAAGAAAAUGAACUUAUGAAAGGUGAAAGAAAAACAAUUUAUACCAAUACAGUCCUAAGUACAUCAGUUCUGGGAAAGGAAAUGGGAAAAGAGAAAAAGCCCAAGAAGAUCAAAGUCAGAGUUAUUAAGGUCAAAGGGGGAAAAGGAGAUGUUGUAGAACCAAAAAAGAUAGACUGUGAAGGUGCACAUUGUCGACAGGAUAAAACUGAAAAUGCUCAUACUAUAUCUCAAGAUAUGAAACCUACAAUCAACGAACCCCCAAAUUCUGUCAAUGCCAGCACUGAUUCUAAUGGCAUGAAAGAUGAUCCACGUGCUAGAGGUAGUACGAUGAUGCCACCCAUUAAACUGACUAGCAGUAAUUUGAUGGCUUCAAAUCCCAGUUCAAAUCUCUUCCACUCCAAUUCAAGGUUAACUGAAAGAGCAAAAAAGAGACGUACUUCUUCACAAUCUAUUGGACAAGUUAUGUCUAAUAGCAGGCAAGAGGAUACAGAUCCCACUCAAAGCCAAAUGGAGAAGAGUGUAUUUAAUGAGCGAACAGGUCAAAGUGACCAAAUGGCAAAUGGAAACAAAAGGAAGAUGAAUUUUUCCAGAUCUGACAGGAAGGAAUUCCAUUUCCCAGAACUGCCUUUCACAGUACAGUCAAAGGAGGUGAAAGGAAUGGAAGCUGAAGAAUUCUGGAUUAUCCUUCAAGAUGUAGUUCAGGCAUCAGCUUCUAUGGAAAUAACUUCCCAAGCUGCCUCAAGCAGGAAACAAAGUCAUCCCUCUUCUGUACAUGUUUAAUAAAUGAUUU